UUGAUGUACCAUCACUAUGGCAAUAUUGAAUAGAAAACAUAAAACGGACGAAAAUGAUAAUGAGGAGAAAACAGAACAUACAGGAGCAUCGCAUGAAUAUUUCCAUGGCCACGAAUGCCAUUUACCAGCUGACAAACUUUCAGCGUAUUCAUACAUUGGCGGUAAAGGUUUUGGAAAAUGGUUUUUUCGUAUGAUUACAGUUACAGCAAGUGAUAUACGAGCUAUUAAUUUGUACAGGUCGUACGCAGCACUUUGCGCUGAAAAGUUUCGCCACCGCAAGGAAUUCCCUUGCUCAAUACACCCAUACAGCAGAUUACGGUUCUAUUUGGAAGUGAUAUUCGUAUUUGUAUUGUUAGUCCAGUCGCUGUCCCUUGCUAUACAUUACAGCGGAGAAGAUCCUGCUAAUCAUCCCUAUGAAGAAUUAGUAAUUAUCAGCGACUUUAUGGUUAUCAUAAACAUAAUAGCGAAUUUCUUCACCGGCUACGUAGAGGGAUUGUCCCGUAAAGUUGCUGUUUUAAGCUUAUCAAAAAUAGCUUGGAGAUAUUUGAAGACCUGGUUCUUAAUAGAUUUGUUGGCAUCCACUGUUUUUUUCGUGGAUUUGUAUACUCUGGACAACGUAAGAGUUCUUCUAAGUCUGGAAAUCACGAAACUAUUGCGUUUGCCUGUGAUUUACACGUAUUUGGACAACAUCCUUACUGUUAAGAAAUCAAGUGUUUACCAAAAGACAGCCAUUGAGACACUGUUCUUCUUACUAAUGUACAUAAGUUGGAAUAUAUACUUCCAAUUUGCCGUUGACUACAUGGUCGAGGGAUCUUACCAUCCAGAACAUCCCAGCAACUGCUCCUGGUUGUCAUUGGGCAAGUUGUGGGACGAGAAGGGUUCAAUAAGGCUGCUAUACGCGUUUGACAGAGCUGUAAGCAUGCUGACAACAAACACAAAUCUGAAUCUCCUUGAACAGAAAGGAUGUUUUGAAAAUUUCCUUGUCGUCUGUUGGCUUGCCUCGAAGAUCUUCGUAUUCCAUUUUGCACUGAAAUACAUCUUAGCGUUAUUUGGAAGAGAAUCAGCACGUGCCAACUACUACAUGAUGAAGAGGCAAUUGGAGAUAUACAUGGUGCAAAAAAACUUUCCGCCGAGGCUAAAGAAGAAAAUCCUGAAAUUUUACGCAAUCCGAUUUCAGUCGAAAUAUUUUGAGGAAUCUCACAUGCUUGCCUGCGUAUCUGGUCAACUUCGAGAGGAUAUCCUCAUGCAUACCGGCCGGCAACUGGUGAGGGAGCUGGAGUUCCUGAAGCAACUCCCCAGCUCUUUGCUUGUGCAGAUUGCGUUCAAACUACGAGUUGUCAUAUACAUCGCUGGUGAUAUUAUAUACAAGAUUAAUACAAUUGGCGAUUGUCUCUACUUCAUCGACAGAGGUACUGUAGCCGUCUAUUCCGAUUCAGCGAAAGAGAUCUGUCAUUUGGAAGACGGGGAUUUCUUCGGCGAAAUAGCCUUAGUCAUGAAACACCACUUUCGGACAACUUCAGUUAUAGCUGUGACGAACUGUGAACUCUUUAGGCUUGAUAGAGAAGACUUUAAUAGCACGAUAGCGCAUUACCCAACUGUUUAUGAUAAUAUUAAAGAGGUCGCUACGAGUCGCUUUGAAAGGACUUGUGUUCUUGAUGAACAUCAUAAGGCGGAGUUAAAGACUAAUGCACAGUAUGAUUCCCCAUGAGGUGAAUAUUUAAUGUUGUAUGAAUUUUGCCUUGGGUUAAACUUUGAAUGCGUUUGGGAUGAGAUGAGAUUUCCAUUAAGAAUCUUUAGAGAAAAUUAAUAAAGAAUAGUGUAAAUUAUAUGGAAGUGGACAAACCUUUUUAGUUAAAGAGAUAAGUAGAAAGUAAAGGACACAAUGUAUCUAAGUGGAAUAUCUCUAAGUAAAAAUAAAAAAGAAGUUGCAAUUUUAAGUUUAAAGAACAGGAUUGUGGUCUUGUAGGUACAAAAUAAAAAUUCUUCACAUUUAAAUAUUCGUUUUUAUUUAAAACCAGUCACCAAGAUACAAGCGACAUUUAUUCACAAAUAUCUGUUGAGACGUAAAACUCUUAUUUACAGACGCACUUGGCACUUCCAAAAAUAUUUGUUAUGAAGUACUUGUGUGCUAUCGCAGAGAACUUUUUACUGAGUACAAGUUUAUAAAUUCUCAUGAUCAGAAAGAAAAAUAAGGGGAAUAAUUGACAUAAUUAAAAACAAGCAUGCAUCCAUCCCCAAAUAUAACUUAGUGCUCGAGCAGUCAACAGCAAAAGUAGAUAAUCAAAUUUCCAUUUUUAAUGAAUGGAGUUCGUGCGGCGACGAAGUGAUUCAG